AUGUCGUCCGAAGCGUCCAAGAAAGCAUACGAGCAGACGCUACGUCGUCUAGAGAUCAUCCAAUCUCACCUAUCCAGCACGCCUCGCUCAGGUCGUCUAUCUGGAAAAGUGUGCAUCGUCACCGGUGCUGCAAGUCCGACUGGGAUUGGAAGAGCUACGGUGAGGCAGUACGCUCAUGAGGGUGCCAAACACAUUUACGCCCUCGAUAUCGUCGAUGAUCAUUUCGAGGAGCUCAAAAAGACUUUGAAGGGAUUGUAUGCCGAUGUCAAGGUGAGUUGAAGAGUUUGCUGCUCGAUUUCGAUUGGCUCGUGCAUACGUGAUGUGAGGUGCUCGGCGCUGUAGCACACCACACCUUGUCCUCGCUCGUACAAGCGCAUUGUUGAAUGCCUGUCUCGCCCUCGCUGACCCCUCGUUUGCGCUUUGAAUUUCUGCUCACUACAGAUCACAACUCAUGCUUGCGAUGCCGCGUCAGAGGAGGCCAUCAAGGAGAUCUGUGAUCGCGCCAUCAAAGAGGAAGGUCAGCUGGACGUCUUUUUCGCCAAUGCUGCCAUCGCUACGGGCGCUCCAAUCUCUGCUACAGACGGAGAAGAUGUGGCCGAGACUUUGAGAGUGAAUGUAUUGAGGUGAGCAUUUGGGCGCAGAAUUUGAAGGCAUUUGGAGAGGCAGCAGGUUAGACUGGAUUGGAGUUUCUAUACCAGCGGCCUGUUUGGGAACAUUGACCCCCGUUCGAUGUGUGCAUGCCACUUACCCUACUCCCAUCCCUACUUAGCUGCUUCCACGCCGUCAAGUACGCAAGCGAGGCGAUGCAAGUGACCAGCUCGUCCAAGUCCGAUGCAGGUGGAUCCAUCAUCCUCACCGCUUCCAUAGCCGGUCUUCGCUCAGGAGGAGGAUCGGCAGAUUACAGCGCCAGCAAAGCAGCCGUCAUUUCCCUCGCUCAAACCGGAGCCUGUCAAAUGGCAGGAACAAAUGUUCGAGUCAAUGCCGUCUGUCCCGGUCUGAUCGAGACUGGCAUGACUCUGCCCACGUUUGAAAUGUCCAGGGAACGCGGCAGUGCGGGCAAGAUCGGUCAGCUCAACCCUACCAGGAGGUAUGGCGUGGCAGAAGAAGUGAGUGCAGCUUCGGAAGGUGCAACAAGCGGCGGGCUAUCAAAUCGUCAUCCACCACGUGAUUGGCUGAGAUUUUGCAAACGUAUCUGAUCGCUACAACAGAUUGCACAAGUGGUCACUUUCCUCAGCACCAACGAGGCCUCCUACGUCAACGGUGUGGCUCUUCCUGUCGAUGGAGGUCUCGCAGCGAGCCAUCCAGUCGUGCCUGGACGCCUACACUGA